AUGGAUAUCGCGGCGACGAAUAACCAUCGUGAGGUCGCGGAGUGGUACCACGCUAACAGAACAGAGGGUUGCACAACGGGCGCAAUGGAUGGUGCAGCGGAAUACGGCCAUCUCGAAAUGGUGAAAUGGCUGCACGCCAACCGCAGUGAAGGUUGCACGAAGGCGGCAAUGGACAUGGCCGCAAUGAACGGCCACCUCGAGAUUGUGAAGUGGCUUCACGCUAACCGCAGUGAAGGGUGCACAACGGCGGCAAUGGACGAAGCUGCUAGGAACGGGCUCUUCGAAAUUGUCAAGUGGUUGAGCUGCAACCGGAGUGAAGGGUGUACCACUAAAGCCAUGGAUGAAGCAGCAGGUCACGGAAGUCUGGGAGUUAUGAAGUGGUUUUACUCUAACCGUACGGAGGGCUGCACCACUCAUGCGAUAAAUGCAGCAGCGCAGGCUGGCCACCUCGAAAUGUUAAAAUGGCUUCAUUCAAACCGCAGGGAAGGAGCCACAACGGAGGCAAUGGACGGCGCUGCACGCGAAGGGCAUCUCGAGGUAGUCAAGUGGCUAAGUGCCAACCGAACUGAAGAAUGUACUACCAAAGCUAUAGACUGCACGGGCAAGAUCCGGGCAUUGUGA